AUGGUGAGCCUGUCCACGCUGACAAGCAAGAACGCGUCGGUCGACACCACAGGCCAGCGCGCGCUGAUCUCCGGCGGCACGCAAGGCAUCGGUGCUGGCAUCGCGCUUCGAUUCGCUCUCUCCGGCGCCUCCGUCUGGCUCGUCGGUCGAAACGAGAACAAGGCGAACGAGGUUCUCAUCCAGCUGCGCGCCGCGUCUGCCGAAGCGGCACGACGAGCGUCAUCAAAGUCGACUGCCGAACACCAAUUCUUCCAGGCCGACCUGUCGUCCACUGCGGGGGUGAAGAAGGCUGCUUCCGAGAUCUCGUCCAAGGCGGGACGCGGGGGAGUGGACUACCUGAUCGAGACGCAGGGUGGCCCACCGCACGGUGCGGUGGAGACCAACGCCGAGGGCGUCGAAAAGCAGUUUGCUGUCCAAGUGCUGUCCCGCGUAGGGUUGGCGAAGGAGCUCGUCGAGUCAGGCACUAUCAAGCGCGGCGUAUUCAUGGUCGCUGCUCCCGGUCAAGGCGGUAAAGCCGCCAUUGAUGUCGACGAUCUGGACUUUGUCAAGGCGAAAGCUGCCGGUAAAUGGUGGUCCGGUCCGAUUGGGUUGAUCAAAAAGGGCUCCAUGGCAUCUUCCGUCCUCGACGCAGCUAAUCAGCAUCUCGCCGAACAACACCCCACCCUCACCUUCACACACGCCUUCCCCGGGUUCGUAGCGACAGAAGCACUUGGCAACCAGGGUCACUCGUCGCUCCUCGUGCUGGCAGGCAAGAUCGCUGGGCCGAUCAUCGGAAGCAAAGCCGGCCCAGGAGGCUACGCCGAAUUGCCCUUCUACCUCCUCGCCAACCCUGAAGGUCAGAGGUACCUCGAGACCGGAAACGCAAAUCUGGUCGAUAACAAGCUCAACAAGCUUCCGCUCAGCAAAAACGUCCAGGACAAGACCGUGAGGCAACAGAUCUGGACCAAGCUCACUUCGUACUUCUAA